AAAACCCCCAAAAAAAUGCCAUACUCGCCUCGCCAUUUCUAAUUUUUGGUGGUCGCCGCUAUCUUUUUGUUUGCAGCUAGCCUACAAAUCCAGAAAAACCGUUUCAAAUAUCGCUCUAAUCUCAGGCUCAGGCACUUCCAUGCUCUCAUACUCCUACAAUCUAAGCCAAUUAAGAUUUCAAACAUGGUAGAAUUGCACACAACUGGCCACUAGUAUGAAAUAUGUGAAGGCAUUCAAUUUGUUCCAUGAUUUGAUGAAGACGAAACCAUUAGAACGAGGGCGUUUGCUUGGUCUCGAUGUUGGUGAUAAAUAUGUCGGUCUAGCUGUUUCAGAUACAAACAACAAGAUUGCUUCACCUCUGAGUGUACUGAUUCGGAAGAAAUCAAAGAUUGAUUUGAUGGCAAGUGAUUUUCAAAGCUUGAUCUGUGAACUCUCUCUUACAGGCUUCGUUUUUGGCUAUCCUUUCGAUAGGCUCAGAAGCAGUCCAGAUGCUGUGCAAGUGAAACUUUUAAUUGAUGACCUCUGUAAAACAGGGAAACUGGAAGGUUUAAAAUAUACCUUUUGGAAUGAAUGCUUCACAUCAAAGAAUGUGGAAUUAUUGUUAAAACCUUUAAAUUUACAACCGGUGCUAUCCAAGACGAUAAUAGACAAAUUUGCUGCUGUCGGAAUACUCCAGGCAUACCUAGAUUAUGCGAACAGGAAUCUAAAGUUGAAAUCAGCAGGGUAAGACCUCUCCAGAAUGGUGAGAGCAUCUAUAAAUUUUAUGAAUGUUCUUCUUGUAUGAGAGCCUCUUUAUCAAACCUAAGCUACUAUAGUUAUGAUCGGUUGAACGAUUACAUAUUUAUAUCUCCAACUGAUAUUGAAAUUCAUGGCCAUCUUUUGAUGGCACAUUACUUUUUA